AUGACCUCAACCAUCGUGGUGGGUUGAGUAUGCAUAGGUUCCCCUCACCGGUAUGGCGCCGGUAGCUGAGAGCGGUGGGGGGUCUGUGGGGGUCUCGAGGGAUUCGUCAACAUCGCACGCAGAGAGCUAAUCCCAGGAUUUGAUCGCGCGCUUUGUACCACAGGACGACAAAGGGGUUUCUCGCAUUACCAAAGUUGAUGCAAACGCAUAUAAGACCCAGCCUCGCGACAUAAAGACGUUCUUGCUUCUAUCUGGACCCAAUCUCAACCUUUUCGGGACGCGGGAUCCCAAGCAGUAAGCAACAGUAUCCGUGAUGCGCGAAUUUACACACUGAAUCCUUGGAUUUUUGCUGCUACGUCCUUUCUUUCCAGAUAUGGGACAAUGACACUCGCGGACAUCGAAGAACGAGUUACGAAAUUCGGAGACGAACUUGGUGUCAAGAUUGUGUGCGCUCAGUCGAAUUACGAAGGCGAAAUGAUCGAGCUUCUGAGUGCAGCGGUCCGACCACUUCAAUCAUGAAUUCAAUCAUCGGACACUGAUAAAUCGCUCGACACCGCAGGUCCACUAUGCGAGAUGUCUUGGAGGAGUUGUGAUGAAUCGUGAGGACUGGAACAGUUCGAAAACCGCCGUUUGGCUGUAAACCCAAUGCCUCAUCACUGAUCACCUAACAACUUGCACCUUCACGCCUAUGACACAGCUGGGGCGUUUGCUCAUUAUUCAUAUGCUCUGCACGAUGCGAUUGAAGCUUGCACCUCACCCGUCAUCGAAGUCCACAUCUCAAAUGUCUACGCCCGAGAAGAGUUCCGGCACAAGUCUGUGGCCGCGCGUGUUUCGAGCGGCUACAUCGCAGGUUGUGGGGUACUUGGUUACGAUGUGCGUAUAGGCUCGCAGGGCUUUUUUGACGGCUACGAGAGGAGGCACGAGCUUAUGCUUGGCCGAGUUACCCAUUUUGAUGGGACAGAUUGGUCUGCGAGUCGCUUUGCAAAGAGUGGAGGAGGAAUCGGUCUGAAGCGAUUUGGAAUACAGGUGAUGCAAAUAAUUGCAAUGAUCUCCUACUCACACCAGUGGAAGCAACAUAUCCGCGAUUUCGGGGUCUGA